CGCAAGGCGGCGCCACUCGCGCUCCCUGCGCUCCUCCUCUCCGUAGUUCACUACUCCCAUCCGCUUCCGCUUCCCGGCUGCUCCUCCUCUUCGGGCUGCAGCCGGCAAGAUGGUGAACGUCCCGAAAACCCGCCGGACCUACUGCAAGAAGUGCGGCAAGCACCAGCCGCACAAAGUCACCCAGUACAAGAAGGGGAAGGACUCGCUCUACGCCCAGGGGAAAAGACGCUACGAUAGGAAGCAGAGCGGCUACGGGGGGCAGACUAAGCCCAUUUUCCGCAAGAAGGCUAAGACUACAAAGAAGAUUGUGCUGAGGCUGGAGUGUGUGGAGCCCAACUGCAGGUCCAAGAGGAUGCUGGCAAUUAAGAGGUGCAAGCACUUUGAGCUGGGAGGAGACAAGAAGAGAAAGGGCCAGGUGAUCCAGUUCUAACCUGCUUGUUGUUAUGGACCAUAUUAAAGUAUUUGGAAGUGA